UCACUUCCGCUGUCUUCUGUUAGCUCCCCAUGUGUGCACACACAUCAUGGACGAGAAGAUUCACCCCGAUCUAGAGGAUUUCUCCGAGGAGCCACUUCUGGAGGCUUUCAUCAAGGAGAUCCAGAAAGAAGAGGUGGUGUUCCUCAUCGGGAUAUGUGUGGCUGUGGCGCUCGUCAUUCUCACUGUCGUCUUCUUUGGGAAGUUUUGGGGCUCCAGUAAAGCGAGGAACGCCGUGCUGCUGCUGGGACUGUGUGACUCCGGGAAAACUCUCCUGUUCACUCGAUUGUUACUAGGGAAGUUUGCCAGAACUCAGACGUCCAUCACAGAGAGCAGUGCCACAUACAAGAGCAAGAGCGACCGAGGCCGCAGUUGGACUCUCAUAGAUGUUCCUGGUCAUGAGAGUUUAAGAGUUCAGAUAGUGGAGAAGUACAAGGCCGUGGCUCGAGCUGUGGUGUUUGUGGUGGACAGCAGCGUCUUCCAGAAGGACGUCCGAGACGUGGCCGAGUUCCUCUACUCCAUCCUCACUGACGCCACCGUGGCCAAGAACACCCCCGCCCUCGUCGUGGCCUGCAACAAACAAGAUAUCUCUAUGGCAAAAUCAGCCAAACUAAUCCAGCAGCAGUUGGAGAAGGAGCUGAACACGCUGAGGCUGACGCGGUCCGCGGCGCUCUCCUCUCAGGACGGGGCGGUCGAGGGAUCGGUGUAUCUGGGCAAGCGAGGCAAGGACUUCGAGUUCUCUCAGCUGCCGGGCCGCGUGGAGUUCAUCGAGUGCAGCGCUCGCGGGAGCAAAGCAGAAGACGGAGACACCGCCGGCAUCGAGGCGCUGGAGAAGAGCCUGGCCAGACUCUGAACCUCUCUAACGCCUCCUCUCAAAUCAUGAACUUGUGUCAGAUACCCAGCGGCGUACAUCAUGUCUAAACUGAUGCAGCACAUCGCGUGAUCGGGCAGAAUCAGUGUGUGCGAAUGCAAACACUGCCUCGUCCAUAUGCUUUUCCUUGCCCUAGUGUGUUGAGUUUUCACUCCAGGGCUCUUCUAGAACCGGGGUCCGGUCCAGAUUCAUCUCCUUUUUUCAGAUCUAUUGUAUUUUGUUCUGCUAGAGGCAAGUGAAUGCUAUUAAAAAUGGCUUGUUUUCA